AGAGAGAGGGAGUCGAAUAGAGAGGGUUUUCGCGAAGUGAGAGAAGAGAAAGUUUUUAAGUUUUAUGUAUGUAAGCACUAAGCACAGAACAGAUUUAGAUAUAUACCAUACCGUUAGAGGUUCCUAAAUUUUCCUUUUUUUCAAAAUCUCAAAUAAAACGGUCUCGUUCGGGACCUUCCCGCCAUGGUGGCUCAGGUGGAGAGACAAGGUUCUCUCGGUGACCUCGACCAAGACCAUUUGGAGAAGACCAAGACCUUGAUUUGUGCCCUCAACCUCCUCUCUCGCAACCUCCCUCUUCCCCCAGAUGUCUUCGAUGCCGUCUCCUCCAUCUAUAGCGCCGAUGCCGACGACGACAAUGCCCACAACGCCGUCAGCGGUGUCGCUGUCGCCGGAUCCGAUGGCGGUGGCGUCGACAAGAAUGGUACUGGGAUUUUAAAUGAAGUAGAUUUGUUGGUGGACCUUGAGGAUGCAUUGGUGAAGCAACGACAAUAUUGCAUGUCAAGUUCUAGGUUGACAGAGUCAAGAGAAAAUCGCUUUCAGAGCCACAUCCUGCAUCGCUUAACUGAACUUGAAGAAUUGCCUUCAAGCAGAGGUGAGGACCUGCAGUCAAAGUGCUUGCUUGAACUCUAUGGGCUAAAGCUCGUGGAGUUGCAGAGCAAGGUUCGGUCUGCUGUGAGUUCAGAAUACUGGCUUCGUAUGGCUUGUGCAUAUCCUGACAAGCAACUGUUUGAUUGGGGCAUGAUGCGAUUGCGUCGUCCUCUAUAUGGUGUUGGAGAUGCUUUUGCCAUUGAAGCUGAUGAUCACAUGAAAAAGAAACGUGAUGCUGAGAGGCUCUCGAGGUUGGAGGAGGAGGAAAAGAACCGUAUUGAAACUAGGAAAAGGAAAUUCUUUGCGGAAAUACUAAAUGCAGCCCGUGAACUCCAGUUGCAAGUGCAGGCUGCUCAGAAACGCCGGAAGCAAAGGAAUGAUGGUGUUCAAGCUUGGCAUGGACGGCAAAGACAACGGGCUACACGGGCAGAGAAGUUAAGGUUCCAAGCUCUGAAAGCUGAUGAUCAGGAAGCUUACAUGAGAAUGGUAGAGGAGAGCAAAAAUGAACGAUUAACAAUGCUUCUAGGAAAAACUAAUGACCUCCUUGUUCGUUUGGGAGCUGCUGUUCAACGUCAAAAAGAUGCUGAACACGAUGGCAUUGAACCAUUGAAAGGGGCAGAAGCUGAGUUGCCUGAUUUGUCUACUUCAAAGAGUGGAACCCCUGGGGAUUCACUUCAUGAGGAAGAUGCGGAUGUAGUGGAUACCGAAUCUGAUCCUGGUAGUAAGACGGGUGAUCUACUUGCUGGCCAGCGGCAGUAUAAUUCAGUUAUUCAUUCAAUUCAGGAAAAGGUAACUGAGCAACCAACCAUGCUUCAAGGUGGAGAACUAAGGACAUACCAGUUAGAAGGGCUUCAAUGGAUGCUAUCUUUGUUCAAUAACAAUCUAAAUGGAAUUUUAGCAGAUGAGAUGGGGUUGGGGAAGACAAUCCAAACCAUUUCCUUGAUUGCAUAUCUCAUGGAAAACAAGGGUGUGACUGGGCCCCACUUGAUAGUGGCCCCGAAGGCUGUACUUCCGAAUUGGGUUACUGAAUUCUCAGCGUGGGCCCCUAGUAUUGUGGCUGUCCUUUAUGACGGGCGUUUAGAUGAGAGAAAAGCGAUGAGGGAAGAGUAUGCAGGAGAGGGGAAAUUCAAUGUGCUGAUCACCCACUAUGAUCUUAUUAUGAGAGACAAAGCGUUUUUGAAGAAAAUUCACUGGUACUACAUGAUUGUUGACGAGGGACAUCGGUUAAAAAAUCAUGAAUGUGCUCUUGCACGGACUCUUGUCACAGGCUAUCGGAUUCGACGUAGACUUCUGUUAACUGGUACCCCGAUACAGAAUAGUUUACAGGAAUUAUGGUCCCUGCUUAAUUUUCUCCUUCCUAACAUUUUUAAUUCCGUUGAGAACUUCGAGGAGUGGUUUAAUGCACCCUUUGCAGAUCGAUGUGAUGUUUCUCUGACAGAUGAGGAAGAGUUAUUGAUCAUUCGUCGUUUGCAUCAUGUUAUAAGGCCAUUUAUAUUAAGGAGGAAGAAAGAUGAGGUGGAGAAGUUCCUUCCUGGGAAAACGCAAGUCAUACUGAAAUGUGACAUGUCAUCAUGGCAGAAAGUGUAUUACCAGCAAGUCACAGAUGUAGGGAGAGUUGGACUGGAUACGGGAUCUGGGAAGUCAAAAUCUCUUCAAAACUUGUCAAUGCAGCUCAGGAAGUGUUGUAACCACCCAUACCUGUUCGUUGGUGAAUAUAAUAUGUGGCGCAAGGAGGAGAUUAUCAGGGCAUCAGGGAAAUUUGAGCUACUUGAUCGUUUACUCCCCAAACUUCAGAGAGCGGGCCACAGAGUCCUCCUUUUCUCGCAAAUGACCCGACUCAUGGACAUUCUUGAAAUUUAUUUGCAACUUCAUGAUUUUAAAUAUCUUAGACUUGAUGGCUCGACAAAAACUGAGGAAAGAGGGACGUUAUUGAAGCAAUUUAAUGCUCCGGACUCUCCUUUCUUCAUGUUUCUUCUGAGCACCCGUGCUGGAGGCCUUGGCCUGAACUUACAAACAGCAGACACGGUGAUAAUUUUUGACAGUGACUGGAACCCCCAAAUGGACCAACAGGCAGAGGAUCGGGCACAUCGUAUCGGGCAAAAGAAGGAAGUCAGGGUUUUUGUGUUGGUUAGUGUUGGAUCAAUUGAGGAGGUAAUCUUGGAGCGUGCAAAACAGAAGAUGGGCAUUGAUGCCAAGGUCAUCCAGGCAGGACUAUUCAAUACAACUUCCACAGCACAGGACAGAAGAGAGAUGCUGGAGGAGAUAAUGCGUAGAGGUACGAGUUCACUUGGAACGGAUGUGCCAAGCGAGAGAGAGAUCAACCGUCUUGCAGCCCGAUCAGAUGAGGAGUUCUGGCAGUUUGAGAAAAUGGAUGAGGAGAGGAGGCGAAAGGAGAAUUAUAGAUCUCGUCUCAUGGAAGAACAUGAGGUACCAGAUUGGGCAUAUCCUGCACCUGAUAGCAAGGAGAGUAAGGGCAAAGGAUUUGACUAUGAGAGUGCCAACAUCAGUGGAAAACGACGAAGAAACAGGGUUGUUUAUGCUGAUACGCUUAGCGAUUUACAGUGGAUGAAGGCCGUGGAAAAUGGAGAAGAUUUCUCAAGGCAUUUGGUUAAAGGAAAGAGGAGGGAACAUCUUCCUGUCACGGGAAGUGAAUUGACUAAUAAUAAUACUGGAGAGAAGAAAGUAAUGGAGUUGAAGAGUGAAAAUAUAUCGAUUGUGAGUGAGGGAACAAGUGAAGAUACCUUUGGUUUGACCCCAGAAAGAUUCAAGUCCGAGGCAGUAAAUUCCCAAAAAAGUGAAGAUAAGGAUGUUGGAGAGGGCAGUUGGAAUGGACACAUCUUGACGUGGAAGCCCCAUAAAAGGAAGAGAUCAAGCUUAGCAUCCUGAGUUCAUAAAAAAGUAGAGGUUAGAAUACUAACAUCGGAUCGGACGGGAUUGAACAGUCAAAAUACUGUAGCGGUGAAGGGAUUUGAUUAUCUGAUCCCCUUGGAGCGCCUUCAGAUUGAAACUUUAGAUGCUCAUUGCUUGUAUGUGGAGCUCUGCGUUUGGUUGUGGUGGCCUAUUAACCUGCUCCUCUUUGGUGUGGCAAAUCAUGAAGUGACCCUCUCGCGUAAAAGUGCGGCCGUGCCUUACCAUCCUCAACUAUUUCCAUUAGCUCAGAUUAACUUAGAAGUUGUAAAAUGUCUUUCGCACAUCAGUGGCCAUGUAAAAUUAUCCAAUUAUAAAUUGAUAUAUAUAUUUUUUCAUUUUCCCUUUUUUCA